AUGAAACCUCUUCCCCUGACUGACGAAGCCUUGCAACUGCAUUUAAACGAGCCUGAGCCGGUCCUUAUCUGCCGGCCUUGCGGCUACGCCUUGAAGCCGUUCGGGGAGCGCGUGAGCCGCCACCUGGCCGAGAAGCAUGAGGUUCCCAAGCCACAACGCCGUGGACUGAGCGCGUUAGUGAAGUCCCUACAUCUAGGGGACCCAAACGACGUUGCUCUCCGUCCCGACGGCCUCCCACCGCACGAAGCGCUGACGGUCACCCGCGGCCAUGCCUGCUGCCACUGUAGCUACCGGACGGCGAGCGAUGACCUGAUAUGCCGCCACAUCGCAAAAUCACACGGCAUCAAAGGCUUGCGGAAGACGGACAGCUGGCAACGGGACCACAUCCACAGCGGCGUCCUGCUACAGAGCUGGUCGCAGAACGGUGCGCGGGGCUUCUGGAUAGCCCAGCCUACCGCGGCGGGGUUAACGCCGCCCCGCGAGACGGGCUCUCCUGAUGCCGACGAUGUGCCCGCCGCCCAGCAUGCUCUGCUCGCCGCGGCUCACGAUGCGGAAAGAGCCCAGCUCGCCGGCGGUCUCCGUACUACCGCUUCUACCACGGGGCCUGUCGAUAUUGCAUUCCAGACCGGCUGGAUGCGUCGCACCGGCUGGGAUCUCAUGUUCGACGGCGCACGCCGCGACUUCCUCGUGAAGAUGUCGGAGCUGCCGACCGCCGGCCGGGAUGUCCAGGACGUUGAUGAAGACGACAUGCCCCAUUCGAGCCUCCCAGAGGACGAAGCCCGGCUACGACGUAUCGUGUCGGCCGUCGACGGUGUCUUCAACCGCUGCGAGGAUACGAUACGCUCCAUGGAUGUCUCCAUGCGCUGUUGGCUCCGCAGCACGGAGCCCCACCGCCCGUACAAGGCGCCAUUCGAGCUCGUCGGCCGGCAGGCCACCACGUAUAAGUACCGCAGCCUGGUGAAAAGGCUUCUGUGCUUCUGCAUACGGCUAUGGCGUCUUCCGCUGGGGACGCGGCUGUCACAGUGCCGGAGAAGCCUUACCAUCGCCCAGUCACGCGCGCUUGACGCAUUGUGGUCCGACGAACUCUGGAACACCUCACGCCUGGAUGACGCCGCGGCCUCCGCUAGCCCUACCAGGUCCGGCGCCGUCUCGCCUCACGAGGAGGCAACAGAUGCAGACGAACGCCGCAUGUUGCGCACGACAACAAGGACGAGGGCCCGGGGGAUACCAUCUCAUCAAUCACCAAGCUUCCUAGCUGGUGGAGAUCUCAGUGAUGAUGAUAGCAACAGAAGUACGACUGAGACUGAUGAUGAUGAGAAUGACUAUGAAGACCUUCUCAGUGAAGGUUUGGCGGGUUUAGAGGAUUUUGGCCAUGAGGACACGAAUGUCAGCAGCUAUACAGAUACCAUCGAGGACGGCUUGACAACUGACGCAACAGCCAGCCCCCCACCGUUUUCAGAUUUGAGUCCAGCGGGCGGCUACUUCUCAUCCGCACUUGAGGAUCUCACGCUGCGCCUGCUGUACUUCCUCAUGACAGAGGAUUUUGAGGACGGCCAGUCUAAGUCGACCCUCCUGGUCUACUUCGGCGGAGUCCUCGGCCUCACGUCCGACGGGUCCGGGUUCCGGCGCCCCGGGAACUACACAGCGAGCCUAUCAGCGUUCAUCUACUGCGCCCGCUUAGUCGUCGUCGAGGUGUUGCUCCCCCGGACCAGCCACGACUAUGUGAGCUAUCCAGCAAGGCCCCGCAGCGGACAGCUCGACAUACUCAACCGUGUCCGCCGAGAGACGAUGUGCCUGGGGUCGCAAGCGCCAAUCGGCGAGUUCCUGAGCCUCCGCGCGUAUGGGCGGGUACUAGCUACUGCUGACGGGCCUAGCUUCCGCUUUGACUGGAGCGACGACGGCCAGACGAUCUUCUGGGACGACGGGCGGCUGUCCCUGCAGCAGUUCCGGUCUCUCGCGCACAAAAUGGUCGAAACUGUAGCUGCAGCCGUCGAACGGUUGAUGUAUGGCUGGCACCCAGUUUUUGAUCUAUCCAAGACCAAGGAUCGGAUGGUCAACACACACCAAGGCUAUUCCUUCGUCUCGGAGCCGGCGAACGGCCUUCAGGAGGCCUACCUAGACCUCUCGCAGCGAGCGUGUCUCUCCAAGAUUGAUGGCCUCUUGUCCAAGGAUGGUUGGGUGGUGCGCCGGGUGCAGCGCUAUAUCAACGAUAGUGAGGCGCUGCUGUCUGCACUCGGAUGGUUCGAGGUCGGGCGGGGGUUAGGGGUGGCCGUUCAAAGCGAGCCAUCGGGGCCGGGGACGGACGACACGGCGUGGUUCGUCACGUUGCACGAGAACCAAGAGAAGCGGUUCGAGGCCGACGCGCGCGAGGAGGUCAGUACAGUGGACGAAAAGUUGGAGCCGAACGGGUGGUUGUACCGCGUCGGGUGGACGAGGGAUUUGGAAGGGUUGAACAAGACGCAGUUACAGGAGGCCACGCGACCAAUUGAGGAUGGCGAGGAGACGUUAGAGGCCAUAUGGGCCGUGUUCAACAGCGUCGCCGACAAGGCAUGCGCAACAGCAGCACCGCACAAGGUCGGGCACGACGUGUUGUUCGAGGCGGAGCGGAAGGAGAUCGGCCAGAAGCCGGUGCGGCCAUUCGACAACCGCAUGGAGGACGACACGUGGCAGCGGUACAAGGAGGUUUGGCGUAAGAUGGUGAGCAUAUGGUUCCGCAUGGACGAGUGGCCGGAGCGCGAGCGGCCGCCGUAUCGGUUCACCAUGCGUCAGGGGUCGUUGUGGGAUGCGUUCACCAGCCGUGUCGAGGCGGAUGUCGGCAGCAGGCAGGCCGCGCAGGCGGAGGAGGUCGAGAGGAUGUGUUUGGACGCCAUCAUCGCCAUCAUCGAGGACCCGUACAAGCAGAGCCAAAAGGAGAGCGCGAUGAUCGGCGCGUUGGCGGUGUUGGGCAUCCGCGAGGACGGCGGGUGGCACCAGGCGACGGAGUACACGACGAAUUAUUCAGCCGUGAUCAAGGUGGCCAAGAUGUUCGUCGUGUACCAGGCGUGGUUGGAGCGGAAGGACGAGGUGGUGGCGUUGACGGCGACCAAAGGGGCCGAGGCGGCGUACGAAGAGGCCAGCAGCGUGUUCCAUUUGGUGCGCGACAAGGUGCGGCGGUUCAUGACGCGGAUGCCCGGGCGGCCGGACGACGAGCCCAGGGCGAUGAAUUGGAUUUACGACGCGCGCACGUACGGGAUGCAUAUCCGGUUUAACACGGUGGCGCCGGGGAUGGUGGAUUGGAGCGGCGACCGGAUAUCGUUCCGGCGGGUGCGGGUGCGGGUGUGCGAGUUGGCCGAGAUGUUCCACGGGGUAGCGCAGGAGGCGCGGACGUUGUUGGCGCAGUUGGCGGUGGUGGACGGGGAUGGGGAUAGGGAUAAUGAUCCCGACAGGGACGGGCACGGCGAUGGGUACGGAGGCCGAUCAGCGUUAGCAGCAGCGUUGCCCGCCAUCAGGUGGGACAGCAUGCACGACGACCACAGCCAGGACCGGCCGGGGUAUUCGUUUUUACACGACGACCGCAACGAGGCGUGGGUGGGCAAGGGGAAGGGGUGGAUCGCACGGCGCAUCGCAGAGUCGGAGGCACGGCGGCGGGCGUGGUUAGACCCAACGCGAGGGGCGGCGGCGGCGGCAGUGGCAGCAGCAGCAGCAGCAGCAGCAGGACAGGCGGAGGAGGUCACGUCCAACCGCAGCGAUAGCCACCACCCAUACCGCGAGAGGACGGUGCAGGCAUACAGACAGGCGUUGGAAUCGUUCCGGGAGCGGUUGUGGAUGUUGAUGCACAUGGUGGCAGGGCAGCCGGCGCGGGCGCCCGAGUUAGCAGGCAUCAGACACAGCAACACGGCCAACGGCGGGGUCAGGAACGUGUUCGCACACGACGGCAUGAUAUGUUUCGUCACGUCGUACCACAAGAAUUACCGCCAGACGGGGACGGCCAAGGUGAUACACCGGUAUUUGCCGCGCGAGGUCGGCGAGUUGUUGGUGUGGUAUUUAUGGUUAGUGUUGCCGUUUUGGCAGCAGGUAGGAGGCAUCAUCCAUCAGACGGACCGGAAGAGCGCAUUUUUAUGGGCGGACGACGUGGUUGUAAGGGGCAGGGCGGCGGGCGAGGCGAGCCGUGAUAACACCAGGGGCGACGAGCGCCGCAAUAACACCAAGGACAACGACGCCCGUGACAACACCGAGGACGACGACGCCCGUGACAACACCAUCACAGACGAGAGCGCCAACGCCACCCCCGGCCGGGCGCCGUGGACGGACGAACGGUUGUGGACGUCAGACAAGGCAAGGCGGAUCAUGCAGCAGCACAGCGAGCGGUUGGUCGGCAGCAAGAUCAACAUCAGCGGGUGGCGGCACAUGGCCGUCGCCAUCGCCAACCGGUAUUUGAACGAGGCGUUCGGACGGGCAGACGACAAAAACAACGACAACGACGACAACGACGACGACAUAGGCGUCGAGGACAGCGCAUUGGAUUUGCAGGCCGGGCACGGCACGCACGUGGCGGGGAUGAUAUACGGGCGGUUGUACCAGGAGGCACCGUUCGGCACGGCGGCGUUGCGGGACAGGUUCCGGGCCGUCAGCCGGCAGUGGCACCGGUUGUUGGGGUUCGGGGCGGAGGACCGGGGCGGCGGGGCACCCACCAAGCGGCGGCGGACGGCGACGACGGCGGCGGACGAGGAGUUCGAAGGGCAGCGGCGGCGGCGGUUCACGCGGUUGCAGUUAGCCAACGCCGGCGGGCAGUUGCGGCAGAUGAUGGGGGACCCGCGGGCGGCGUUCCGCGGCCAGCAGGAGCGGGUCAUCCGGUCGAUCAUGCGCGGGGACGACCCGAUCGUGCAGGUGACGGGCACGGGCGGCGGCAAGAGUUUGUCGUUCAUGUUGCCGGCGUAUUGCGCACCGGACGGGGUGACGAUCGUCGUGACGCCGUUGGUGGCGUUGCGCACCGACAUGGACGCGCGGUGUUCGAGGUCGGGGUUGGCGUCGACAACGUGGCGCGGCGGCGGGCGGGCCAACACGGCCGCAGCAACGGUGGUGUUCGUGACGCCCGAGUCGGCCGUCACGCAGGGAUUCCGGGAUUUCGUCGGGCGGUUGCAGCGGCGGCAGCAGUUGGACCGGGUGGUGUUGGACGAGUGCCACGUCGUGUUGGAUGGGUCGAGGGGGUUCCGGCCGGCGUUGCGGGCGUUGGGGCGGACGGUGCAGGAGUUCGGGGCGCAGUUGGUGUGUUUGACGGCGACGUUGCCGCCGGCGGAGGAGCGGGAGUUUUUCGCCGUGACGGGGAUCCGGCAGGAGCGGGUGCGGGUGUUCCGCGAGGCGACGACGCGGAGGAAUAUCGAGUAUGGGGUUGUUGUCGUUGCGUUAGGGUCAGGGGGUGGGGGUCGUGGUCGUGGUCGUGGUGCGGCAAGCCACAGGCGCCGGGCAGAGUCAGGGUUAGGGUUAGGGUCAGGUCGGGAGGGUGAGGACGGCGAGUUGAGCGCCGUCGAGGAGCGCGGUUGCCAGGAGGUCAGGGAUUGGUUGCGGCAGCAGCCACGCGGCAAGGCGGUGGUGUACAGCAGCACGAUCGAGGGCGUCGAGCGGAUGGCCGAGGCGUUGGGGUGCGCAGCGUUCCACAGCAGCAUCGGCAGCACGGAGGACAAGGCGUCGAGGUUGGAGGCGUGGAGGAUGGGCGACGGCGCCGAUGGGGGCGUCAUCGUGGCGACGAACGCGUUGGGGUUAGGCAUCGACGUGCCGGACGUGCGGUUGGUGGUCCACGCGGGCAUGCCGCGGCGGUUGCGGGAUUUCGUCCAGGAGAGCGGGCGUGCCGGGCGAGACGGCCAGCCAAGCCGGUCGGUUGUUAUAUGCAGUAGGGCAGCCGUGGAGGAGAAGGAGAAGGAGAAGCAGAAGGAGAAGGAGGCAGGGGAGGCAGAGAAAGAUGGGAGGGCAGCCGGAGGGGGAUGGGAGGUGUCAACAAGGACAUACAUCAGGGGAGAGGUAUGCCGGCGGAUUGUGUUAGACGAGGUCAUGGACGGGCGGGUGGACCGUCCAGGGUGCGAGGAGGGCGAAGAGGCAUGCGACAUAUGCCGGCAGAGGGCGUCGGAGGUGAUGUGGGUAGACGACGGGGAUGGAGAUAUGGAUAGGGACAAGGACGGGGAUAGAGAGGGACAUGGAGCCAGAGAAGACGAAGAGAUCAGGGCCGCGUUCGAGACCAGUCAGCAAGCCAGGCAGUUCCGCCAGUGGCAGGCCAGGGCAGAGCGUUCAGGGUUAGGGGAGGAGGGGGAGACGUUCAAGCAGCAGUUGGCGCGGUGGGCGGGACGGUGCACGUAUUGCGGGAUACGCCGGAGAGAGAGCGACGGGCACACGUUAGACGAUUGCCCAGGCCGCGGGGAGCAGGCGUGGGGGUGGACGGCGCAGUACAGGAGGCAGAUGGAAGAGGCCAUGUUCGACGGACGGAUGAUGGAGAAUUUCAGCAGUUGUUUCCAUUGCGGAUUGCCGCAGGGUUGGUGUCGGCGAUGGGAGCCGUUGGGCGAGGACGGCGGGCGGUUCACGGAGGUCGAGGGCGGUUCAUGCCAGUACCAAGGGUUGAUGGUUACGAUGUUCGCCGUCGCAACGAUCGGUGUGGGGUCGAGGGUGUACGAGGAGACGGUGAGGGCGAUGCGCAGAGCGGACGGGUUAGAGGAGUGGGCAUCGAGCGAGAAGGAGGUAUAUAAGUGGUUAGGGCAGAUGAUCCAAUGGGGAGGGGUGCAGUCAAGCAAGUUGUGCCGGUUGACAAGCCAGUUGUGGCAGAAGGCAGUAGAGGGCGUAGCAGAGGGGUGA